UAUUAACAGGUUCAUGGGUUUGUUCAAGACAACAGAACUGGAGAGAAGGUAGCAAUGUUAAUUGGGAAGUGGGAUGAAGCAAUGUACUAUGUACUUGGGGAUCCAACCACCAAGCCAAAAGGUUAUGAUCCGAUGACAGAAGCUGCAUUAUUGUGGGAAAGGGACAACCAUGUAACCAAGACAAGAUACAACCUCUCUCCUUUUGCAAUUUACUUGAAUGAAAUAUUACCUGGUCUAUUAGAGAAGUUGCCUCCAACUGACUCGAGGUUGAGACCAGAUCAAAGACAUCUAGAGAAUGGAGAGUAUGAGCUGGCAAAUGCAGAGAAACUAAGACUUGAACAGUGGCAGAGACAGGCAAGAAAAAUGCAAGAAAGAGGAUGGCAACCGAAAUGGUUUAAGAAGGAUGAGGAUGGUUGUUAUCGAUAUACUGGUGGCUAUUGGGAAACAAGAGAAAAGAAUAAUUGGGAUGGAAUCCCGGAUAUAUUUGGACAGAGUUGUGAUUUACCUUCAUGUUCGGAAGAGACUGGAUAUAUGGAAUGCAAGUUUAGCAUGAUGCACCAACAAUGGAAACAACAAUAA